AUGUCUGAUUUGAUAAAAUUUUUAGAGCAAAAUCCAGUAAAUUUUAUUGAUUUUCGUUUCACAGACUUCAUUGGGAAGGUUCAUAGCACUACAUAUAAUGCUGAUAGGCUAGCUGAAAAUACAAUAGAUCUAGUGCCAGAUUUACAAACAAUAUUUCUUGAUCCGUUUUGUGUUCAACCAACAGCUGUUGUACUAUGCAUGCAUGAUUCACGAUCAGUAGCUAAAAAAGCGUAUGAUUAUGUUUUAUCAACAAAAAUAGCAGAUGAGGUUCUGUGUGGCUUUGAAAUAGGAUUUUCUAUUUUUGACGAAGUGCAAUUCAGAGUUAACCAAUACAAUUCACAUGUAAGUUUGAGUCCUGUAGAGAAUUAUUUGAGUGUAAAAAAACAUAAUCAUAGGAGUUUUGAUUCCACUUCUGCAAUAGAUCCAUUGUCUGAUUUAAGGUCGGAAAUAUUGCUAAUGAUGAAGGAAAGCGGUAUAGAGAAUGCAUUAUAUCAUAAGAAAAUUUCACCUUUUCAAGGUCUAAUAAGGGUUGAUAGCAGUAAACUUUUGAAUUGUGCUGAUAGUAUCCAAAAGUCUAA